AUGGUCGUCGUUGACACUAACCAAAACACGAAUCAAUUGAACAUGCAGACGGGGAUAGCGUUCCUGAUACUGGACUUCAUCGUCAUGUUAUGCACCGAAUCCAUAGGCUUCGUGCACGGCAUCUCAUUGCGCUCUGCACUAGCCUCAGAGUCUCGACUUCGUUUCAACACCAAUCUGCGCCUGCUGAAUGCAGCUCAUGGAUGGUAUAACCCCAACGGCGCCCUGCUCAAUUGUGUCUCGGCUGUCCUCCUCAUUAUAUCCUAUAGCUCAGCCACACUUUUCUUAUGUGUCAACCUAAAUCUACCAACAUCGCCGCCAUGGGCGCCUGCUGAGGGCCUUGCCAUCGCAGGGUUACCUCUCCUCAUUUUGGGCGUCGCACUCCUUCUCCAGGUGGUGAUCGCAUUGUCAGGCAUGCGGGCUGUCAAAAUAUUGACGUGGAGCUCCUCGCCUUUUGACUUGACUGCCGCACUGGUCCAUCACACGCGAUUGGCCCCGGUUACUUUCCGGUGCAUGCGUUGUGUGUCUGACCUAGACGCAGAUGGAGGUCCAGCGAAGCCGUCAGAGACACAACCUUCUGCGUGGCAUGCUCACCCCAGCAUCCGAAAAGUUGUCAUUUCUCUAUGGGGGAUCGUCGUAGCAUGCGCUGGAUGGGCCGCACUCGUCAUGUAUAUCUGGCACAACAUGCAGUCCAAUUACAUCAGGUAUCUUAUACCAGGUGCCAGUGUCACUAUUCAGGUGUGGAUUCUGCUCUUUGUCAACAUGGCAGUUGUCCAGGGACCGUUGACACUUGGGCUGCAUUGCUCUGAGCUCAUCGCGAAUGUCAUUCGAGAUGAAAGGCAGUGGAGACGCGCUACCGGAAGGAAAGGACUUAGAACGGCGACGAACCCGCUGAACUCGAUUUUCACUCAUCCGAUCUGUCUAAUACUUUUCGCCGCGAAGCCUUUCCUCCACUGGAUGUUUGGGCUUUCGUUCGUGGUAUCUCGCAACGCCAUCGACGAGGAAGUGUACGCGUUGGCGGUAGUCAUGCCCACUGCCCAGAUCUGGAACUUAUGUAUCGCGCUCUUUGUAUUUGCCUGUUUGUUCACUCUCGUCGCACUGCGCCGACCGCGUGGCCCCCAGCCGGCUGCAUACGGCCACCUCCAGACGCUCGCGAACCUCGUGGACGAGUGGUCGCCUGUGAUGUGGUGGGGACACAAAGAGGACCAGAUCCCGUAUUGUCAUGCUGGGACGAGUGACCACCCCCUGCCGGAUGUGAAGAUGGAUUGCAUUUAUGCUGGUUCAGGUGUUGGGUCUCUGCACCCGUCUCGUGAGAGAGGAGCUACGUCAUGAUCAGUCGGGCUGACGAUGCUGUGACAAUACACACAACCAGCCACACCGUUCAACGAGAUGUGCGAGUUUUAUGCUGUCUGCCGCGUUGACAAAUUGUAGAUAGUUCGGGAUGUCGUCUUAUUAUUCAUACGAGGCAUGCUUUUUAGCGGACACAAUCAAGUCGACCUUC